AUGGAAGCCGGUAUAUCCGAUGAAGAUUACAUGAAGAUCGAUGACUCCAACUCCAACACUGGAGAGCUGGAGCGACCGGACACGCCUAUAGUAGAUGACCAUCUUACUAGAGGGGAAUAUACACCGAGUUUGCUGGAUGGUGAACAAGUGGAAGAGCAGGCCAUCCAAUGGUUCAGAUCCUUGCAGAGAAGAUGCUGUUUGCUGGAUGGUGAACAAGUGGAAGAGCAGGCCCCAUCCAAUGGUUCAGAUCCUGGCAGAGAAGAUGCUGAAUGUUGCACGCAAAUAGCACGCUACCUCAACAACGCUGCACGCGUUUAA